AUGAACCGGAGCCACGUGGUGCCGUUCCUCGUCGGCGCCGCUCUGCCGACGCUGCUGCUCUUCCUCCUCGCGUCCGACAGGGUGGGCGAGCAGCUGGCCAUCGUGUCCAACAGCUGGGCGAAUCACAACAAUGCUCUUGCCCCAGCCCAAGAAUUGCAUCGGGAAAAGUUCCCCGGACUGCCGGAGCUGCUGCCGAAGGUGGCCAUGGAGGACAGGACGGUGAUCAUCACGUCGGUGAACGAGGCGUGGGCGCGGCCGGGCUCACUGCUCGACCUCUUCCGUGACAGCUUCAAGAACGGCGGGGGGAUCGCCCACCUCCUCGACCACGUCCUCGUCGUCGCCGUCGACCCCGCCGGCUUUCGCCGCUGCAAGGCUGUUCACCCGCACUGCUUCCUCCUCGAGGUCAGCUCCGCCGCCAACCUCAGCUCCGCCAACCGCUUCAUGACCAGCGGCUACGUCGAGCUCGUCUGGGCCAAGCUCUCCCUCCAGCAGCGCGUCCUCGAGCUCGGCUACAGCUUCCUCUUCACCGACGCCGACGUCAUGUGGUUCCGCGACCCGUUCCGGCACAUCAAGCUCUACGCCGACAUGGCCGUCUCGUGCGACCGUUUCUCCGGCGACGCCGACGACAUGGCCGGGAACGCGCCGAACACCGGCUUCUACUACGUGAAGUCGACGAACCGGACGGUGGCGAUGCUGAGGCAGUGGCAGGCGGCGAGGUCGCGGUUCCCUCCUGACAACGACCAGGGCAUCUUCAACGCCAUCAAGCGCGAGCUCGCCGGCGGCGAGCUGAACGUCAGGAUCGUGUUCCUCGACACGGCGCUCUUCGGCGGCUUCUGCCAGUACCGCAACGACGACGUGGACAGCGUGUGCACGAUGCACGCCAACUGCUGCGUCGGGCUGGAGAACAAGGUGCACGACCUGAGGAACGUGCUCGCCGACUGGAAGAACUACACCGGCCUGCCGCCGCCGGAGAAGAAGACGGCCAGAUUCAGCUGGACUGUCCCUGCGAAGUGCAGGACGUCAUUCCGCUGA